UGGUGUCGCUUUUAUACACAUUUUUUUUCUUGAUAGAUCGCUUUAAUGCUGCUAAAUAGUGGAAAGAUGAAGUGAAUAAAAAUAAUAAAAAUAUAAAUAAAUGACAUCUCAUUAAAACGUAUCAAUGUAAUUUAAAUUCGCUGUUUAAUGGAUUUAAAGGAUUUUUAGUAAAGAGAACAGAAAGAAGAUCCGAAAGUGUUUGUAAUCAAUUAUAAUAAUGUUCUUACCAGAAACUAAAAAAGAAAAUAAUGCUCUUUCAGAAUUUGAAUAGCAGCUAGUAAGCAAUAUGUAUGUAUGUAUGCUAUUCCACAUCAGGUGAAUGAUGAAUAGAAAAAAUCGAAAAUGUUUAAAUAAUCAAGAAUCACCUCAAAAUGCAAUUAAGUGUUAUAAUUGAUGAUCAGUCAAAAAGUUGUUAUUAUUGGCUACGAAAAUGUACUACAGACUUGAAGUCUGUCAAAGAGUCAAUUAAAGGCAUACAAAUAACUGCAAGAAUCUUUAAGUUAAUCCUAGUACAUAGACAAUGUUUUCUAACGAGAGGAGAUAAGUUGCGACAGAUUAACUUUCGAGUUCUGUUGGCGGUAUUCUUGACGGUCACGCUUCAUCUUACGUCUAACUCAGCUGCAGCAGCCUUAAACUUAACUGAAAAUGUCACUAUAAGUGAAAAUACUAUAUCAACAACAUUUCUCUGCUGCGCACCUAGUCUUCGUCAUAAAUGCGUUUCCCACUCUUUGGCACCUACUGAUCUUGUUAAUAGCCAUAAGCUGCGCCACUGUAAGCAGCAAAAUAAAAUUUGUAAUUGUGACUUUCUUGCAGCAAAUUUAACCAAUAUCAACAAGCAGCUGUAUCAUCAUCAUCGAAAGGGCCAUCGUGUUAACCAUUUCUAUGAUCUUCAACGAUGUCAUAAUAAAUCUAAUGAAUAUUUAGCUGCCGAACACCAGGCUUAUUUCAAUAAUAAUUCUACCUACACAAAUAGCUUGAUAGCCGCUUACAAUUAUGAUAAGUUAAUUUCUAAUUAUAAUCGAAGUAAUCAAACCAGUUUUAGAAAUAGCAGAGAUGCUAAACCAAAUCGUACUGAUGGCAAUGGUGGUGGUGGUUAUGAUAAGUACCGUUUUUAUAAUUGCUUAAAAAAAUUGAACAAUAAAGAUGAGCAGAAAGUCAGUAUUAAUAAUAAUGACUUGGCGAGCAAUAAUAACGCAGCUAACAAAUCGCUCGUUAAUAUGAGGGCACAAAAAGAUCACUUGAAGAUGCUUAAGUUAGUUAUGGACGGACUGGGCUUGCAAAAAUUGCCCAAUAUGAAAAAGAUCAACAUCAGUCAGAAAGAAUAUGCUGCCAAAUAUAGAGUAUAUUUACAACGAGUCCAUAGCCGGAAUAGGCGAGAAAGUCGCGAAUUGGUAGAUGCACCAUUACAAAUAUUAAGUGUUUCAAGUAAAGGAUAUUUGGCAUAUGAUAAUUACAAUACAAGUAAACAAUCACGAAAAAAACGUGAUUUUUUUUUAAGUGAUUUGAAUUUUUUUAAAAGUAAUAAACGAAAAAAUCAAAUUACGAGAAGUGCGCAUAAAAAACCACGAGGUGAUAGCAAACUAAAUAUACAUCUACUCUUUGCCCUCACUCCGCAGGCGCAGCAAUGGAGUGCCGGUGAUAUUGAGGAAGCUAACGUCCGACUGAUGCUUAUCCAUAAUCCUAGUUUAGCGUUACGUAACAGAAAUAAAAAGAAACAGGACAAUCGUAAAAAACAUAAAGAGGCUAAAAACAAUUCCUGCGUUAACAGGGAUACAAGUAUUAAGGAGCGUUCAAAUAACCAAAGGCUAGAUAUAUUGAAUUUGCGUGUAUUUCAUAUAACACAUCAUGGUAAACGGAGAUGGCUGGAUGGACGGAAAGUGCCUGUAAAUGUUGAUAUUGAUCAGUCGGACCAAACGAGCACUCAGUGGUUGCAAUUUAAUGUUACCAAAGCCGUGGUUUCAAUAUUGCUCUCUCAUAAAUCGCAACUUGAAGUGGAACUGCAGUGUGACAAUUGCAAGCGCCUUGGUGCACGACUCUUCAAUGACGGGUACACAUCAUCGCCUGAAUCCUUUGCUGCUACUGGCCAAGAGUCUCAUCUAAUGCCAGCCCUAAAUAUAAUUGGCCGCUUUGGACAAUCGCAAGGCAGUAUCCGCGCGCACGAAUCCUUUUCGGAAACUUCAACGGUACGCCAGUACCAUCACCAUUCAAACGCCAACCAUGGAAAACACGCGGAAACACGCCGCCACAACUGUUACAAAAUUAAUCAGCGAUGCUGUCGCCAUAGCAUGGAGGUCGUGUUUAAAGAAAUCAAAGGUUUUGAGUUCAUUUUGCAACCGAAAGCAUUCGAUGCAGGCUAUUGUCACGGACGUUGUCCACCUCGCUAUAAUCCCGCUCACCAUCAUGCAAUGCUACAAAGUUUGAUAUGGAAGCAAGAUCAUCGCAAAGCUCCGCGUCCUUGUUGUGCACCCUCUAAAUUAGAUGAGCUCGAGAUAUUGCAUGUGGAUGAGAAAGACAGUGAGAAAUUGAAAAUUUCAACAUGGAGCGAUAUGCGAGUGGUAGAAUGUGCUUGUUCUUAAGAACUCCAUCACUUUGUUAAUCGCUAUUGCAUUUAAGCAAUACACCCUCCGUUAAAAGAUGUCUAAGAUGUGCAUGCGCAUCUCCAGUUCAUUUCCGCUGGUCUUUUUUAAGUAUUUAAACUACGCCUCAGGUUCUAUAAGCAGCAUUCUAUUCCAAAAAUAAUUUAGUAUUAGCAAUUAAGUAAUUAAGGAAAACAUUAGAGUUCGCAUGAAUCCAUUUUGCAUUAUUUUGCAAAUUCAUUUAUUUUGAUCGAUUUUUUGUCCAAUUUUCUAGUGUCUUGAAGAUCAGAAUAAUGAGGAGGACAGUUUUAAUUUUGUACAGCCCCUUUCUGUAGUAUGCAAAGAAGUGCCAAUUUCAGCAGUUUGAUUUAUGUGUACAAUAAAAGAAAACACUAACACGUCUACUCUGUUUGUCACCUCUGUGUCCUCAAAACUAUGAUUGGGACGCGCAAUUAGCUCUGUUCAUGUCCCCAUUUCCCUUCCGAUCUCACCAACAGUGAAUCUAUGUUCUCCCUUUUAUUCAUAAUUCACAUCAGUUUAAAUUCACAUUCACAUAAACCAACGAAAGUAUUUUUUGCUUUUAUACGAAAGCGUGCGGUAUUGGAAUUUUCAUUUUGAUGUAGUUUGGCAACAUUUUGUAUGUAAUAGGGAAUGUAAUGAGACUACUUUUUAUACAUGUCUAAAUUAGAUAGUGUAUCAUCGUUUAAUAAAACUGUUUAUGAGCAAUAAGUAAGUUUUUUUAAUCGUUUUUAAAAUUUUUCUUAUAUGAAGUCAUUUAGUGUUUUGGGGAAUAACGUUGUGGUGUUGUUGUGAUUAUUGUUGAUAAAUCUUGUUUCUCCCUUGUUUAUCGUUUAGUUAAUGGUUGGUUAUGGAAUUCAACUAAACUGAUAUAACACCGUCGAUUCUUCAAAGAAAAAAUGUGGUACUAUCUGUUUAAGCAGAUCUUUAAAGCUUUAUCUUGCGCCCGCAUGGGCUUAAAAUAUAGCGCCGCGGCUUAUGUUCAAAAAUUAAAAAUAUUUCUUAAAUAGCAAUAGUAAUACAAUGAACACAAGAAUUUGAACAAUGAAGAUUU